AUGGCGGAUCUGACGAAGCGGUACUUGACGAACAACAAGCCGUUCGGUGGCGAGAGCAAGAGCGGGCUGGUCGGCUUUCUGAAGCUGCACGGGCAAGGCGGAGGCAAGAAGGUCCGGGUGCGAGGCGUGGACGGUGAAGGACGCCCAGUCAACCACCUCUACACCAUGCACGAUAGGAAGCUCUCGGGGCACAAGUGCGGAAGCACUUACGCCGAGUGCGUGAAGUUGUGCCGCAUGUUCGCCCGCGAUUGCGUGGACAACCUCAACGAGCGUCUGGAUGACCUGGGGAAGCUGGGGCCGACGACGCUGUUUCGGGCGGGGAAGUGGCUGAAGAUCAAGGCUCAAUGGGAGCGGAAGUGCCGUGUGUGGCUUCUGGGAUGCAGCAAGAUUUUCCGCAACAAGCUGACGGGAUUCGACCUCAAGGCCGCAGAGAGGGAGCUCCCAACAUUCUGUGCGAUUAUGGUGCACCACGAGCUGGAGAGCUUCAAGCAGUGCCUAACCAACAUUCUCCGGAGCACAGACUCGAAGAGGUCUAUGAGGAGGAGGCGCCCUGCGAAGAGCACGAAGCUGGCUAUGGCAGAGCGUGGCAGGAAGGGUAAAGAGAAGGAGGGUGAAGACGAGGUUGCUGGAACUGCCGGGCAGAACGAGGAGGAGGAGGGGGAGGAGGAGGAGGAGGAUGUGGAACAGGACCUGGGCGACGAUCAGGAGGUUGUGGGGGAGGAGGAGGACGACAACCCCUUCCUCUCGGACGAUGAGGAUAUGGAGGAGGUGUUCCACAUUGACAAACCGGUGCACUAG